CCCACCUCCAGCACAUCUGCAGUCCAGACUCCUCAUAAGACAACGGUCAGCGCUGAGGCAACAAGACAUCGCCCCCAAACCUGCCCCAGGGAAGGCAAGGGGGGCAGGGCAGCCAGCGUCCUGCUGCUAUAAAAGGUUGUUAACACGCUGUGAAGCACGGGCCGCAAACACAGGGCUCGGGCCCACUGCAUCCGAGUCGCCCCUUGUACCGCUGCACCUGCCCUUAACCUUGGGAUACAUCAUGCUCCUGCCGUGCAGGAUGACACCACGCUUGGCCUUCCAACUGUGCAACCUUCGUCUCUAAACUCAUCGAAUGCACCAGUUGCAACCAUCUUGUCGAGUCCCUCUCCCAUUUCCAACCUAGAGAGGAUUGUAAGGGGCUACAUGGUCAUUGAGUCCAGUGCCCUGCCCCUGCAGGCGGCUGUGUAAGAGGCUAAGUCCGUGGGAUCGACAAGAACAUCCAUCCGCCCUGUUCAGCACCAGCCACCAAGCUGAGCUCCACUGAUGACCUCUUCGCAGACAGGGCUCAGGACAAGUGCUCCAUCCUCGUCUUUCUUGAAAUCUUGUCCUUGUUCUCUUCUGCCUCUACAUCUCCCUGGUUAUUUCAGCUACAGACACACAUUCGGUGUAGACAACUUGCAGAUCUGCCUUUGUCUCUGAUGCACCAAAUGGGAACGGAGGGUCUCUUUUGCUGGGAUGUCUCCAAAACAAACCUGACAGUAAUAAGGUGGCUGGUCUGGGAAACCAUGGGCUGCAAGGGACCCGCCACAAUGUGGGGAUGGCUGUGCUCGCUCAGCUGGCACAGAAGCUCAAUGUCACGGACCAGUGGCGAGCAGACAGACGGUGCUGUGCAGACGUAGCUGUUGCCAACCUGGAGGAGCUGGACGUGGUGCUGUUGAAACCACGGAGACUCAUGAAUGUUAAUGGACUUAGUAUAGCCAACGCUGCUGAGACAUACAAAGUGGGCAUUGAAGACAUCUACCUGGUUCACGAUGACGUGGACAAGCCACUGGGGAAGAUAGCAAUGAAGCUGGGAGGCAGCGCAAGGGGGCACAAUGGAGUCCGCUCCUGCAUCAGUGCCCUGCACUCAGAUCGCAUGGUCCGGCUCCGGGUGGGCAUCGGCCGCCCUGUGGGAGAAGCUAUGGUGGAUCACUUCGUUCUGGGCAGGUUCACCACUGCUGAGCAAGAGGUCCUGCCACGGGUCCUGGAGCAGGCAGUCAGCCUGCUGUUGGAGCACAUCCUGCGGGGCAGCAGGGGCACCAAGGCAGCCCUGGCACCAGACAGGGGCCAGGGCUCUGCCAGUGACAAGGGCGACCAGGGUUGAGCCUUCAAUUACUAGGGCACUUUCAUGAAUGUGGUGGCAACAGAAAGCAGUGGUUCUGGGCUCUUUAAGGGGUUACUAGGCACCAUGGCUUGCACUAGCUUGGGCGGUGUCCUGGAGCUAAGCAGAGAGCACUGAUCCUACAAGCAGGGCUGUGUACAGCACUGCUCCAGUAAUAGGAUGUGGGGGGAGGACAGUCAGGCAGGAGCUCUCCUUGCACACCCGAGUCAGCAUUGAGCUCUUCUACCUGCAAAGGCAGCUCUUACAGGGAGCCAGACUUUCUCUCUCUGCAGGGAGCAAGACCCCUUGACCCCAGACAGGCUCUGCGCAUGACCUCAGCUGAUGGUUCAUGGGGCACCUGCCUCCUCACCCUGCCUAGGGCUGGCAUGGCCUAGCUGCCCCUUUCCCUCCACACAGAGUACAUGCAGGCCCCCUGUUGAGCCAGGUGGGCCCCAGCCGCUCACAUUUAUCCUUCACUCUCAUUCAACUGUCUUGACAGCAUUUUCAUAGAACAGUUUUGCACUAAUUGGAAAAUAAACCCACGUGCCCUCUA